AGCUGUAUUGGCUUGCAGCUUGCUAGUGACAGACCAUAGAUGUGAUGGUGCGCAUCGAAAGCGAUGUUACAAGAUGUACCACUUUAGUCAUGCGUGGCUUGGAUCGUCAAGUCACCAGAGAAAUGGUGGCCAGAAUGUUGCACGAAACAGCACCCUGCCUGGGGUAUAAUUACAUUUACGUUCCAUGGACGACGGAUGGCGCCUCCAACAUUGGUCUGGCGUUUGUCAACUUUGAAACCUUCGCUUCUUGCCAGGCAUACGUCUUCGCAGCGACCAUGCCCGAGAACCGCGGCAAGCUCGCUGUGCACCGGAUCAAAUCUAUUGGUCCGGCAGCACUCCAGGGCAGAGGAGCCAACUUGAGCGCCUUUUUAAGAAGAAGGGGAGCGGAGGCACUUGGUAGCUUGGAUGCGCCCUUGGUUUUUCAGCAUGGCCAUGCGGCAGCAUUGGCAGACGUGGUGGAUCGUGAAGUGCCAGGUGGACGAACACCAGCGGCGACCAAUGCGAGAGUCGCUCCAUUGUCCCAACAUAUCCCAGCCAUAGCUUUGGGUGAGAACUUCUCGCCAGCGCCCACCGGAGAUCGUCUCUCGUUGUCUUGGGCGCAGCCCACCGAGAAGUGCACGCAGCCCCAGAUGCAGAUCGGCCAGAUGCUGUAGUCCGUGACCCCAAAAAUUGACGUUUUGCUUUUUGCUACAGUCCGUGUGAACUGAAGCGCCCUUGACCAAGAGUGCAGCAACCAAGGCAGUGACCAAGAUGCUUUUUGAUUUGUGAUGUCCCUCGCGGCACCAGACUGAACGGGCAUGGUGCCCUGUGCAGAAUCUAGGUCAGUUCGUUUCUCUCAGCAGCAAGAGUUUUUGUUCCUCCGUGGGUGCUCACGUGUGAUGCAGAUGGAGGGACAACGUUGAGUUUCUGG